AUGCCUCGACGAGGCCGUUCAAGCGCCAAAACCCUCCAGCGGGAACCAUCCGUUGUCCUUGGUCAGCUGGACACCACCCCAACAAGCCAUCAUGCCGAAACAUUGAGCGACUUUACCGAUCACCAGGAGUUCUUUGAGGACGCGAUCGCCGACGAGGAUCUUUUAGCUCUUGAUGGCCUGCUGGCACCAAACAAAACACGGCGUAGGGAAAAAUCAUUUACGUGGUCAGAAGCAGGGUCAACACGCCGCAGUUCGCCCCUCCAUGGCGAGGUACCCAAUGACGUCUGGGAAUUCGAUGCUGAGGAUUCUCUCCCGGCAAUGUCUAGCCCAAAGUCUGGAAUUGAUAAGCUUCCAGCGACUUUUCCUCUCCCUCCCCAGGACCACAUCGAGCCAAAUGGCAUUCAGCCAAUCGAAAAGCCAGCUCACAAAGUUGACUUCUCUGAAACUGCUUCAACUGCCCGUAGAAGCACCCCGUUCGGCCUCGAUGAAGUAUCUUCUCUAGGUCCCUGGGAGUUUGAAACUCCGUCGGUAAAACAAAUUUCUCUUGCAGUUCAUGACAAGCAGGAAGCUGGUUCGUCCAGGCUUCCAGAAAAUAAUGCAGCGGCAAUACCUUCAGAGGUGCGAAGAAACAACAAAGGCGUGAUACGUUCAUCCAAACAGAAAUUUACCAAUUCUUUGAACAAGCCAACCGAUAUUGAUGGCGUCUUUCUAAAGGCAUCCCCAACACUACUUUCCGAGUCUGCUCCAGUUGACCAAGCGAAACUACAAAGUAAUGCUUUCGAUCUUAUCAGGUUGGAUCUUGAAUCCGAAGAGGACAUGAUAUUUCCCUCUUCUCCGCAGAUUUCGAAGAUGGAGGUACAAGCAAACCCUUCGGCCGAACCAUCCACAUCUGAGGUUCACAAAACAAGGAAAAGAAAGCAGCGAGCAAAGUCCCCAGUGAAGUUUGAUGAAAAUACUCAGCAAGUAAAAGUCUCAAGGCGAAAACCACCGCAGACUGCGCCUAAGGGGAAACGCAAACGAGCGGCUCCUCCAGUAGCCACCAAAGAGCCUACUAAGAAGAAGCCUAAGAUUGGAUUCCAGCCGAAGGCGAACGUAUCAAUUUUGCGUACGCCUGUGACAAACAAAGUUCAUGAACCCGCGAAAGCUACCGAAAAGGAAAAGAAGGCUCUCGCUGUAGAAAAUCCGGCCAGUCCAAGUCAACUAACUCAACCUUCGCCAAUUAUUUCGAAGAUCAACACAGACCCAAUUGUCCUGUCGAGUGAUCUUGAAAGCAGCGAGUUCAUUCCAACUUCUCCAUCAAGCCCCUUAUCAUCAUUCGAGAAGCAAUAUCACCCAAAGAAAGGGGAAAAGAGGGCCCAAUCCGGAGUCCAAAUCUCAAAGAGCAACUCAGAGUCUUUAGAACCACCGCAAGCGCCAGAGAUUAAGCCUUUAUCAGAGGAGGAGAUAUUACCAGAUAUUUCGAGCGCGAGUAUCGACUCAUUGACUCACCCGAUUCCUACGACCCUGACACCAAUAGACAAAGUCGAGGAGCCGGGGAUUGAUAAUCGUCCCCCACUUCCAGAGCCUGAAGAGAGCAAAUUUUAUUCUUCUCGGUAUGAUUUGCAGAAUGAGGUUAUCCCUAAAUCUACGGAAAAUGAACCAAAAGCAAAAUCACCUGAGCCGCUCCCUUCAAGGAACAAGACCCCGUACAACAAUCCUAUCGAUGAGAAUUCAAAGGGGACGUCUGCUCAGGCUAAGAACCACACCACUGCUGUCUCUCUCCUAGAUGAAAAGCUUGGGGAGAAAAAGGAUAAGAGGCGAACCAAAACUCCUCGGCCAAAAUUUGUUGUUAAAUCGAGCUUUAACCAUAGUACGUUUACGCAUUCGAUGUCUCCGGCGGAGGAGACCCAGCGUGGUCCGAAUAGCCGUUCGAGGAUAGACAAUGUUCGCUCAAGGAUCAACAAUAACCGUUCGGGAAUUGACUUGAAUAUGAAUCAAAGUCGAACGCUCAGCAUCAGCGAAGCGGGCAGUCCGGUGCGCCUCGAUUCCCAAGUUGGCGAAAGCAAGGGGCCCCGUUAUCCUCUACCAAACGAAAUUGAAUUCAGAAAUUUGGACACAACAUCCCGAUUCCCACCACUUCAAUCAGAAUAUGGGAAAAUACGGACUGGCAAGGCAGAGAAUAAACCCCGUAGAGCCCGUGAUAUCACGAACUCGGUUUCAAAUGUGGGAAACUGUUCGAAUGCAAUGGACACAUCGAGGAAUCAUACAGCCGAAGAUGAUACACAACAUCUUCCCGUACAUGCUGGGGCGCCCAGUAAUGAGAGCGAUUCACCUCGACUUCAAGAAAUCCGGGGGAAGAUCAAAGCGCAGAUGGAGGCAAAUUUUGAAGAACAGGCGGCAAAUAAGAACCGACCCGUGGCACAGCGCCAUAACCCUAAUUCCUGCCGCAGCGAACUUCCAGUAGCACAAUCAAAUAUUUGCUCGCCAUUUGCGACUGGGAGUAUCCCGAAAAAAUUACAUCGCAUUGUGGAAGUAGACCAUGUGCCUUCAGCAUACAUGAACGGCAUGUCUGGGGCUUUGCGCGGAAUCGAGCGACGGUUUAACCGAGAGCGUCGCGAACUGGAACUAAAUUGGGCCCGCGACAUCGAAUCUUUCAAGGCGAAUAUCACAAUUGCCAGGGACAGAGUUACCACGGUACAGGAGGAGCGAGGUACGAUACUUUCGUCUAUCGAGGAGGAGGAGGCGAAACGACGUCUCUUAUAUUCUCGCGCAAGUAGUAACCUGCUAGCACUUAACCGCACGUUACUCAACAGUGCGGCGGCAGAGUCUUCAGGAACUCGGUAG